CCAGGCUUUAAGACCCAGAGGAGCCCUGAGUCGGGGCAGGAGCUGGUGUACCAUCUGGGGUGUGUUUCAAUCAGACUCAGUGCGAGAAAAUUUGUGGAGUUGUACAAGCGGAUCCGUGUGCCUGGAAUUCUAACUCUCCGACAAGCAGACAUGGCUGUAAGAGCCGCUUGCCUUGUCCUUCUCUGUCUGCCUGUGAUGCUUCACGGUCAGUAUGAUGAUCUGCCAGAAUCUCCCGUGUAUCCUCUACAGCCACAGUAUGGACAAUAUGACAGCCUCACAGGGGUUGAAGAAUAUAAUCCAGAUUUUGAAUAUACUGGUUCAAAUUUUGAAACAGAACCGACAGAGCCUGGUCCCCUUGAUUGCAGGGAGGAGCAAUAUCCAUGCACCAGACUUUAUUCUGUGCACAGACCUUGCAAACAAUGCCUCAAGAGCCUUUGCUUUUACAGCCUUCGCAGGGUCUAUGUGGUUAACAAGGAAGUCUGUGUCCGCACUGUCUGUGCCCAUGAGGAGCUACUGAGAGCUGACCUGUGCCGAGACAAAUAUUCCAAGUGUGGGGUCAUGGCCAGCAGUGGGCUGUGUGGUCAAAUGGCUUCAUCGUGUGACAAGAGUUGUGGCUCCUGCUGAGAAGGAUAAGCAAACCGAGAACGGGCCACGCAUGGAGCCUUGGUCCAGGAGACAGAGGAAUCUCCGUAUAUAUCAAUAAUAUUACAUUAAGUAAUUUAGAGGGAUCAUUUUCAUAUUUCUGUAACUUUGAUGGUGCUGGGGGAUUUUUCAUAUUAUCCUCAAGAUAACAUCCAUUCUUCAUGGUGCACAUUAUGUAAAUAGUUAUUUCUGUUUGGGGAGGGGACCACAUUGAUGCAGUUACACAUAAAACCUUGGGAAUUCGAUCAUUCCAACAUUUCACCCUGUGGCCACAGCAAAUUAUGGACCAAUCUCUGCCCUUUCUUGUUGGUGUACUGUGUUCACCUGGGACAGAGUCGCUCGCCCAGAAUUUACUCUCCGUCUCUUAUCUCCCUCUUCAUCGAGAUUCUGCAGAUUUCCUUCCUAUUACCUGUUGCUGACCUGCCUUUCAUGUUUUGUGUCUGUCCAGAGUUUUUAGAAUCUUCUGAAGUUUGUGCAAAAAUCUAGAAAGGUGCGAGACAUGUGCAGUUGGAAAUGAAACAAACCCUAUGGCUGGAUUCUGAAGGCAGCCUGAGUGAUUCACGCAGCAGCAAUCUUAGUGAGUCACUCCUGAAUGUGCUUCACCUUUGGAGGGACAAUUUAAACCCAAUUCUGUUCCUGAACUCCUGGCUGAUCGCACGCCACCCAUACUAUCAGGGCAAAGUCAGGAACCAGUGUGUGAACACAUCCCAAGUAGACUUCAACUCAGCCCAUACUGAUCCUGUGUGGCAGCUGGGUGGAAGAGUUGACACUUUAGCCAUGAAAGUGAUGUAUGAGCUUGACCAAUGAGUUUUUUUUAGAUCUCUUUGUCAAGGAUUUUAAGUGGUGUGUUGUCUUAAAAUAACAAAUGGCAAACCAUAGUAUGAAUGAGUUAUGCAUUAUCUUCAGGUGAUUCCCAGAACUUUCUGUUCCCCCCACCCCUAUCUAGCCAAUAACUAAUCUCCUCCCUACCCUCCACUGUGCUGAGUGGGACACUCGGUUUAACUGGUCACCAUUAGUGACUCAUCUCUCUGCCCUUGCAUACGACUGUUACUGUUGUGUAUUUUUUUUAAACUGCUCAUAAUUAGUGUGAACAAAUACUGUAAUUGUCAAUGCUGCACACAUUGUGGUGGGGGCACUCACUCUUUCACUACUAUGGUCACCACUGGCACGGAGCUGGAAGCUUUUCCCAUAGAGACAUAACAGCUUCCCAAGAAUGUGGCUGAGAAUGUGACACAAGGCUAUAACUCAGUGCCAACCUUCAAAAUCAAUCUCUUUAUGAACAGACAAUGAAGGCUGGAAAUGGAACACACCAUCUGGUCUAUCAAGCCCACAUCUUUCACAGAACCUGAAGAAGCUUUGCUAUCAACGACCCAACCCUAUCCACUUAAUUUUUCGCACUCCAUGUAUAACUUAUGACUUUAUUAACUCUAUUAACCAUCAGAGGGUAAAUUCUGUAUAAGUACUCCCAGAAUGUCAAAGCCAGUCAGACGAAACACUAGAAUAUCUAUCCAACCUCACGUCUGCAUUGUCACACUAGUCUCCUGCCUCCAAAUUCAUUGAUUCCUCUGAAAUAAGUUGAUAAUUUCAAUCUGUGCAUAUCCCUAUUACCUAUAGUUCUGUUCAAUUAGAUUUUUAUCUGGCCCCCUUUUUGAAUGGUGACAGCUCCAAUGCUCGUUUGAUUGGAAUGGAGAGGAUUAGGGGCAAAGAUAUAUUUUUAAAUAAUGCGAGAUUUGAGUAGGCAAUAAGACACAUGCUGCAUGUCACAAUACACAGUACUGCUAAAUGUGUAACAGCUCUGAAUCCCUCCCUCACCAAAACAUGUCUGGGUAAUAUUAAGAGGCACACUUAGUGCAUUUUGAAAUAAGUAUUUGAGAGAGAAUGUGCUCUAAAGUAUUCAAUGGAUGUUUACACACAACUUUAUGCUUAUAUCUAUACAAUUAUUAGAAUUCAAUUGAAUUCCCAUUCGCACUACUAGUCACUAAGCAGCCUUGUAGUACGCUCCUGGGCAUACACCCAGACUUGUAGCACACUCCCUGAGAUUAACACAACUGGCUUCACUCCUGCUACUUUUUUUCAACCUUUGGUAUUACUGUACAACCUCAUUACAUUCUCUUAGGCAGCUGUGUCUCAGACACAUUAAUCCUUCUCCAAUUUAAAUGGUGCAAUUUCAAUUCAGGGAUCUAUAUCUGUCGUAAUUACAGCCUGGAUAUGAGUCUGCAAAUAUGAACACUGAAAUGCUUCACAUGCUUAUUUGAUCUGACUUCGUACGUCAAUCAGCAAAGCAGUUUCAACAAUAUCUGUUAAGCUUUUAUAUAUUAAUAUCAAAUGUUUCUGUUCCAAGAUCCUAUUCACUGGACUAGCACAUUAAUCACUUGGUCACACUAAGACUUCAGGAGGUUGUCAUAUCCCUAUGCAUUGCCAAGUGUGAACAUAAAUGUUUACUAUCAGCUGAAGCUAUCCCCUCUGUAACUCUCCUCAAGGAAGACAGCACUGUAACAGCCUAGACUCAGCAGCUUCUUGGGUGGAACAGUGCCUGAGCUAAAACUGGAUUCAGAGACUUUUUUGAGGAGUUCAGGGUAUCUUCAGUUUAUCAAACUUGACUUUGUAUUGCUUUUGUUUUUGAAGUGCUCAUAUAUAAUGGUGCUUAAACAUCCCUAAGUUUAUCAAGGGAUUACAUUUCAGGCAAAGUUUAAAGAUACAAAGAGAUCUGUCAUCCGACAGUGUCCCUUCAUCCUGUCUUAUCCUGCAGUGAGUGCACUGCUUUGUCUUGACACUAAUUCAUCAGUGGGAAUAUUCUAUGCUGCAGCCAACAGCAGUUCUUCGGAUAAAAGAGGAUUUGUGUGCAGGAUGUGUUUUGAGGCUGGGAGUUAAAUUGGAAUAUGGCAUUUUGAUGGAGUGAAACAGGAUUACUUGCUUAGUGGAUUUUCUCUUGAAACUUCAGCUUUUUCCCAGGAGAUAAGGAGCAGUUUAGUAAUGAGAUCAACCAUAUUUAAACUGAAUAAACUGGAAAUAAGGCAGACACAAGGCCUAAAUACAGGGGCCUAAAGGAUGUACCAGCUGUAGGUUCCAUGGUGGAAUCCUUGGCCCAUCUUAUUUGGACCAGACCAUGUGUUCUAGGAAACAAGGACGGGACAAGGAUCUCAAGCUAGUUGGCAAUUCAAGCGCUUGCCCAGUAGUUGGGAUAUCAAAUGUUAGUUGAAAGCUCAUGGUGCAGGAAAAUGAGCACAAUGACCAUGCUCAGCUGCUGAGUACCCACAGCAUGCUUCUCAGAAAUAUAGGUUAUUGAAUGUGUUAGUGACAUCUAAGAGGCCAAUUUUGCCAGUUCAUAACCUAUGAACUUGUUCUUUUCCUGCAAUGUUUAUGAAAAUAGCCCACAUUAAUAAUGACCUCUGCUGAGAAAGGAAAUGUUUGCAGGGCCAUAGUGAAAGGACAGAGGACUGUAGUUGAUUGGGCAGCUCCUUCAAAGAAAGCAGGAUGGGUAAAAUGGCCUCCUUUUAUGUUCUGGCUUUUUGAUUCCAAAAUCAACAAUCCAUUGUUGCAGCCAGUCCACCAGCUAAUGACUAGGUAAUAGUAGAAAGGAAAGGGGAAACUUCUCCCACCCAAUAGCUCAGUUAUCAUCUACAAUACCCCAACGUGCAGUUGAGCCAUGCUGCCCAGGAAGAUUCCAUGUCUAAUCUGUGUUAGGUUAGUUGAUCUCAGCCCAGCUGGUAGUAACAGAGGGCUGCGAUGGGUCUCAGUAUUCCUGGGUUAGUUAAGUUCAGACUCCUAACUACUAUCCCAGCGGAUGAUGCACAUUUUGGGAUAUCAGGUGAGGAUUAGAUUGAUCCUUAUUGUGGUGGAAUAUCUACUAAUGCUCACAACACAGUCUGAUAAAUGAAGUGUGGUCACUUGGGACAACAUUUUGAGGAUGGUCAGUGGUUAUGGAUCUGUAACUCAGCAGAAAUAGCAUUUUAAAGAAAGGAAGGGACAACAUUUGGCAGGAAACUGAAAUAACAGAAGCAAAAAUACUGCUUCACCUCUUCUCAAAUCUGUCAGCAGUAAGUUAGAUAAACAAAACUUGAGAUGUGCUUGCUCUGAAUGUUCUUGAAGUACCAAUAGGAGAAGGUGCCACAAUAUGUGCAACUGAGUGAGAUAUUUCUGUGUAAUCUGAUUCAUUCUAUAACUGAUAUAUCCUGUUUUUGUACAAAAAUAAAGUCACUUAAAUAACA